AUGAGUCGCAAGAUGUUUUACGGUUCAAAUAGCUUUAUAGGACUUGAGGAAGCAAUUGAAGCAGUCACAGCAGAUAGUGAUGAUGACCGUGCAUAUGAUUUGGCGAUAAUACCACCUGAUCCCAGUGUAGUGACUGACGAAGAGGAAGGGUCUGAUGAAGAGGAAGGGUCUGAUGAAGAUAUGGUGACAUAUACGUUGCCACGAGAUGUGCCCGGAAAUAUUGAGGUUUUGGUGCACGAUGAAGAUACUUUGUUGAGUGACUAUGAUUCCAGUGACGAAGAACCAUUGGCUUCAAAACGAGUUCGUCGACAGCCUAACAUUGAGCAGCGGCAGCAAACUCCAGCCUGGAGAAAAUGUUUACCAUCAUAUACUUUUGGCCAUCAGCAUACGUCUGAGGUGCAAGAUAAACAGAAUGCUAUAAAGGAACAGCUAAAAGACCAAAAUCCUGUACAGAUUUUUGAAAAAAUACUGGAUGAAGAAGUAUUACAGCUCAUAUUAUGUAAUAGUAUUUUAUACGCUAAUCAAAACAAUAUACACUCUUUUCAACUUGAUUUACCAGACCUAAAAAAGUUCAUUGGUAUUUUCAUUUUGUCGGGAUAUCACAAAUUGCCUCGGGAAGCAUUAUAUUGGUCUCUGGAUGAGGACGUCGGAGUUGCGCUAGUUUCAAGAGCAAUGUCGAGGAAUAAAUUUCGUGAAAUAAAAAGAUAUCUUCAUCUUGUGAAUAACGAUGAAGCAUCAAAUUCCAGAGAUAAAAUGUUCAAAAUUAGAUCCCUAGCAGACAUACUGAUGACCAAAUUCAAUCAAUGGGGUGUAUUUCAUGAAAAUAUUUCAAUUGAUGAGUCGAUGGUCAAAUAUUAUGGACACCACCCCAGUAAGCAAUUUAUACGAGGCAAGCCAGUGCGUUUUGGAUAUAAGAACUGGGUUGCUGCAAGUUUCACUGGGUACUGCUACAAAUUUGAUUUUUACUGUGGAAAAUCACUUUAUUCUUCUGACGAACCUUUGGGUACCAGAGUUGUGAAGUCUCUGUUGUCAAAAUUGGAUACCGACCCAAAAAAUCACAAAGUAUUUUUUGACAACUUUUUCACUAGCUGUAAUCUUUUGUUUGAUUUAAGAAAUCUGGGAUACUGCGCUGGAACAGUUCGUGAGAAUCGCACUAAAAAGUGCCCAUUGGCAGCCAUUAAGGAGAUGAAGAAGAAAGAGAGAGCGGCUUUUGAUUACAGUUUCGAUAUAAAUAAUGAACUGUUGUUGGUCAGAUGGAAAGACAAUAGUGUCUGCACGAUAGCUACUAACUAUGAUUACUUUGAACCAAUGGGCACGGUAAAAAGAUGGUGCCCAGAAAUGAGACAGAAAACCGAUGUAAGGAUUCCGCUUUUAUUUGAAAACUACAAUAAAGGUAUGGGUGGAGUCGAUGAGCUUGAUCAGUCCAUAUCAUUAUACAGGAUCGGGAAUCAUGGCAAAAAGAGGUGGUGGGUUUUAUUUACAUACUUGUUGGACAUGGCCGUUUCAAACUCUUGGCGUUUACAUGUUAUGAGCAAGGAUGACCCUAUGGAUCAACUCUUGUUUCGACGUAGUCUUGCCAGAUACUAUUUGCGACAAGAAACUCUAAAAAGAGCUAGACCAUCUUCUUCUUUGAUCGAAGGAUUGCCUCAAGAUGGUUCAAGCCACUACCCAAGGAAGCUUGAAAAGCAAUUACGGUGCGUCAUUUGCCAUGCAAGGGUCCGAUGGGAAUGCAAGAAGUGUUUGAAAACACUCUGCGUUGAAAAGUCAUGCUUCGAAAAAUUUCACACAUAA